AUGCCUUCAUUCAUCAAGUUGGCACUCUCUGCCCUCGCGGCUACCACGGCCGUCGCAACAGGAAUCAAUGAUUUCUCCUGCAAGAGCUCCCACAACCCCGUUGUUCUCCUGCACGGUCUUGGCGCGACUUUUUAUGAGGACUUGAACUACAUGCAGUACUGGCUGCAGGCCCAAGGCUUCUGCACAUAUGCCAGGACAUACGGUGCAUACGAUGGCUUCCCAUUAGUUGGCGGAUUGAAAGCAAUCAACGAGAGUGCCCCGGAAAUUGCGGCAUACAUCAAAGAAAUCGUGGAAAAGACCGGCAAGAGCAAAGUCGACCUCGUCGGCCACUCCGAGGGUGCUUUCCAAUCUCUCUACGUACCCAAGUUCGAGGGCGUCUCCCAUCUGAUCGACAAGAUCGCAUCCAUCGCCCCGCCUACCCAUGCCACUACAUUCGCCGGCAUCUACGAUCUCGCAUACAAGUUCGGCAACGGGUCGCGUGCAGCCGUCGGUGAAGUACUCGAUACCCUCGGUUGCCCUGCUUGCAACGAUCUCGGGCCCGAUGGUCCAGCCAUCAAUCGCUUGAAUGACGGUACCCCUAUUGCGCAGCCCGGCAACAGUAUCACUAUAAUCGCGUCCAAGCAUGAUGAGCUGGUUACACCCCCGUCAACAUCGUUCGUACACGAGGAAGGCGUGACGAAUAGCUGGAUUCAGGAUACCUGUCCGUUGGAUCCCGUUGGCCACAUUGGUGAGGCCUAUGAUUUGAACGUCUGGCACUUGGUUAGGAACGUGUUGACCUCGACCCCUGAUAAGAAGUUCUUGUGCUUGCUUGGCUCGCCGGGUAAAUAG